CAUGACCGGCAAGAGUCAAAGAAUCUUUUUAACUCCUCCACGUGAACUCCUCUUACUCAUCGCCUGUCUCUCCUGUGACUGUACCCUAUGCCCUUCUGCUCGCGCACCGAGCAGCCGACCUCACAACGACAUUCUUGAGCGCUUUCGAGCGCGCGCGCCCAGGCUUGGAUCCCUCUCAGCCACGCUUUACUGCUUAGUACACCAACAACACGACGAUUCCAGACAAAUCCUCAGCCGCGCAAUCAGCCCACGCCAGCCCACGGCCUGAAAUACUGGAAAGCAGCGGACCCGACAGCCUGAUUCUAUCCACACAACGCAGCGAAGACGUAUACGCGCCGUGCCAGGCAGAACCGCCUAGAAUCUGUGAUACCCAACACAACCAGCGCAUAUUACUCCAAACAUGGCACUCAACGGGGUGCGUCGGAAGGACACAACUAAAGGGCCGCCGCUGCGCAUUCUGUCGCUAGACGGCGGAGGCGUGCGGGGGUACUCCAUGCUGAUAAUCCUCCAAGAAUUGAUGCACCGAACUUUUGUCGAGACCGAAGGCCGAGCCCCAAAACGGCACGAAGUACCAAAGCCAUGCGAACAUUUCGAUCUCAUUGUAGGAACCGGCACCGGAGGUCUGAUUGCCAUAAUGCUGGGUAGACUGAGAAUGGACGUGGAGACGUGCAAAGACGUCUACGUGCGCAUGACGAGAAGAGUAUUUGAGACGGACAAGACGUUUGCCGGCAUACCAUAUCGAUCUACAUUGUUCAAGGCGUCCAAGCUAGAGGAAGCUAUUAUGCAAUGUGUGCGCGAACACACCAUCUACGAUGACGAAGGCAACGACAACCACAAUGGGCAGGAUGCACCGCCCAUGACCCCGGGCAGUGCUAUUUCGGGCCGUAUGCAAAGGAGCGCUAGUAAUGCCAGCAACUAUAGCCAGAUUGGCAUGACGCCCGUAAAUAUGCGCAUAGCCGCCAUGAAGUGGGGGAACCCUCACGCUCUGCUAUACGACAACCGGGAAGAGCGCACUAAGACCGCCGUCACGGCCGUGUACAAAGGCACAAGGAAAUCUGGCGCUGGCCAGAUCCUGCUCCGCUCCUACGAUUCCCGCAAAGAACCCGCCAUCGAACCCAACGCCACAAUAUGGCAAGCCGGCCGAGCCACAUCCGCGACUGCCCUGGCAUUCAAGCCCAUCCAAGUCGGACAAUCCGUCUUCCUCGAUGAAGGUUCCGGCAAAUACAACCCAGCCCCCAUGGCCCUCGACGAAGCCGUCUGCAACGAAUGGCCCGGCCGCGAAGUCGGCGUCUUUGUGAGCAUAGGGACGGGAAAGCGACCCGAAGGCACAAACGCCCAACAACAUCUGUGGUGGGAAGGUUUUGUGUCAGGCGGCAUCGGCGACUUUGCAGAGGCCCGCCGCAAGCUCAUUCAAAAGAUCGAAGACUGCGAAAAGACACACAAGGAAAUGAAGGACCAUCUUGCGAAACGACAUGUCAAUCCGGAAAAUUACUAUCGCCUGAAUGUCAAUGUGGGUGUUGGGGAAUUUGGAAUGAAUGAGUGGAACGCCCUCGCAGAAAUCAGCACAAACACGCGCAUGUACCUUGCAGAGAAGAGCGUCCAAUCCAUGACCCUCGAUUCCGCCGCCAAAAUCGCCAGAAUCCAUUUCGCAAAAGUCCGCUGGGAGCGCGCGGCCAAAGGCGAGUCUCCUUUCUCACCAGGCGCCCAGGCACCCAAUAAACCCCUCCCUACCGUCCCAGACCCUGCACCCAUGGCCGUCGAACUACCAGCCGAGGACCUUGCACCAGAAUACUACACUAAUAUCCAUCCUGCAUUUCGACCCGCGGCGGAACCAAGACGGCCGAGUGACAACGACAAAUUCCUCGUUGUGUCAAGUGAUGAGUAUCCGCAGUCGGCCAGUACAGAUGGCUUCUCGGACCUCCCGCCACGUCACUCUGGUGAACUAGUGUCUCCGGGUCGGCGCUCAGAUGAGCAGUUUCAAGCGGGAAGGCCGGUUUCUUGGAUGAGCAGUGCGACGAGUUGGGACGAUAGGUUGAGCAAUGCGCCGCCGAGGCCGCCCAAGACGCCCUUGCAGGAUGGCUAUGGUCCGCCGCCGCCACUGUCGUCUGGCGGGUUGAGGACCAGUCCGCCGGCUGGAAGCAGUUUUGCGAGACCACCGCCUGGAGCGCCGCUGCCGUAUCCGGAUACAGAUGGUCCGCCGCCUAUUGUUAACAAGGCUACAAAACCGGAUUAUUCGAGGUGAUAGAGAGAGAGAGAGAGUCUCCUCAUGUGUGUAAGCGAAACUCAUGAUUUUGAAACGGCCGAGAAAGUUGCAUGUUGAACGAUGUAUAGUUUAGAUACCCAUUCGAAGUUUUUUUUUUCCUCUUCUCUUUUGCUCCGUUGAUGAAUAUUGAGGUGGUGUCCUCUUUUGUAUUUCGACAUGUUCCUCAUGAUGUGAUUCCUUUUUGCAUCCCGUUGUGUUCAUGCUGUCUGAGAGUAGAGGACAUUUCGCUCGCGAACGCCGAUCAGACUAUAUGAAAUAGCUCCCCCGGGAUCCAACGAUAUCAGUAGUACAUCCUUGUGAAUGCGACUACGCGAUCAGACCCAGCCCUCUGAUUGAAUCAGAAAUCUUCGCCGACUUGCCCUUCCUCCUUUGG